CAGUCUCAACUCGGCAUCACUCAGUCCACAACCGUUUGCCACGAGACUUCCAUCUACUCUCCUCAAACUAUUUAAAUACCAUCCACAGCAAAUUAUUCCAUAUUUUUAUUUAUUUAUUUUUUUCAUCAUUGCGAUAAGCUGUCCUUUGAGGAGGGUAAAUAAAGGUGGUCAGGGGGAGUUUAACGUUUAACGUAUAAUCAUAAAGAGAGAACGAGAAACGGGUGGAGGGAAGAGAGACUGCGGACGAGAGGGAAAGGCGCGAGGUGAAAGGCAGACGACCGGGCACGCCAGUAUCAGGUGAGGACCGGAGAAUUUACUCCCCAUUGAGAUUGUAACUCCAUAACUUCAUCAAACAGACAUUACCUUGCCUGACUCCUCUGCGCUAUAGAAUUAAAGUAACUAGACUGCAGAGAGAAACUCGGAGUAUCAACAAUGGCGGCUUUUGUGGCGAAGCAGAUGGUUGGAAACAAGCUGAAUGCCGUUAAAGGGGCGGUAGGUGGCGAGGGUGGCGACGAUGACGACAAGGAGAAGGAGGAGGAGGCCGAGCGGGAGAGGCAGGAGGCAAUCAGAGAGGCUGAGGAGAGAAGGAAAGAGAAGCAUCGCAAGAUGGAGGAGGAACGGGAAAAAAUGCGACAGGAGAUCAGAGAUAAGUACAAUAUAAAGAAGAGAGAAGAGGUGCAGGAGAUGAUGCCUCAGGAGGAGCCCAAUCCCCUGAUGCGCAAGAAAAAGACACCGGAGGAGCUCGCUGCUGAGGCUGAAGCUGAAGAGCAGGACGAAUUCACCAAACUCAAGAACACGUUUGAAACCCACGUUACGGAGAUUAAAACACAAAUUGAAAACAGAUGCAGCUUGCAAUGAGCCAUCCCGAUGCGUCAAUUGCCAGUGACAGCUGAUUGUCAUUGGUCUGGUAGGUUGGCAGCAAGUUACCGAGGGAACACAGUACGAGUAUAGUCAGACAACACACUGGAGAAUAGUGAAUGCGCGGGAUAAGACGGAAGGGUGGAAAAGAGUAAAAGAGAUAAAGUUGGGGUGGAAUGCAGUCAUCGUCGAAAUAGUCGAGUCACGGCACGAAUGGAGCAGUGCGCCCUCUCACGGGGUGGAAAGAGUGGGAGGGUGAGUUCACCGGAAACGUUCGGGAGCUUUUCCAAAUAAAAAUAUCGACCUACGGAAUACUAAAGAGAAAGAAGGUAGACGGGUGGAAUCGAUUGUACGGAUUCGUGUCACGCAUUCUUCCAUAGACUUGAGGGCUCAUCCGGGGGAAUACGAGUGGGAGAUACGAGAAAAUGGAGCUUGACUCUAGAAACGACAUUUUUAGAAAUCGGAGAAAGAAGACCACUCAAGUCUGAUCGACCAGCCAAUAUCUUUAAAGUAGGUGCAUUAUUCGUGGAGAAAUUUUCUACCAAGCUCAGAACAUUUUCACAUCAAAGUUUCAUGACAACGUGGAGGAGGGAUGGAUGGAAGAAAAAAGAACGAGUGGAGGAGAGAAAAAAAAAAAGAAAUACAGAGUAAAGAAUAGAAUGGAGGAGACAUGAAGACCCUCAAGGACUUUUGCAAAUUACUGGUUCAAUCACUCGAUGAGAGCGUCUAUCCAUUGAUGAAGAAUUCCAUUGUUCCAGGGGUUCAAUGAGUACCGCCUGCUUUCUCUUUAUUCCUUCUGGUAUUACUCCAGCAUCUCUCCAACCAGAGCCACUCAUACUUUAAACAUUGUUCUGAAAUCUCGAAGGUGCCAAGCGAAUAAAGUUUCCCAGAGUGAAGCCCCCCAUAGAGUGUUGCCCAUAAAUCGCCGGAAUUCUUCCUUCUUUUUGGUAUUUCCAACCCAACCGAAAUUAAAAGGAAUGUGAUUUAAUUAAGUAAAAGCUUGCGAAGAUCCUGAAACAUCAAUCGACGAAACACCGAGGACAAUGACUGUCUUCCCAUUGACAAACGGCUACAAAAGUGAGAAGAGACGAGACAACAAUUCAUAUAAUGAAUAAUAAAUCAAUGAAAAAGAAAAAAAAAACAAAACAAGUAUGUAGUCCUUAAGUUUAUAGUGAAUUACGGAUAGAAAACUACCGAUAGCGGAGUUAUGUAGUUGUUGAACCGUGCGACGGCUGUUUGAAUAAUAACGAUUUAAAAAAAUUAAUGACAAAAAAAUUAGCGUUAAUUAAAACAACAGAUGCAAAAAAAAAAUAACCAAUAAAUGAGGAAAAACACGUAGUUAGGGACAUAGGGCCAGGGGGACGAGAGCCUUGUGUGUGCUUGCGUGAGUGACUGAGUGUUUUUUCGGAUGCAUUGGGAAAAAAUAAUAAUAAUAAAUCAAUGAAAUUAUUUAUUUUGCGUGGUUAUCAAGUGCGAGUGUGUUUUUCGAGAGAAUCAAGGAAUUCGGAACGGAUUAUUCACGAAGAAAUAAAAAAUGUCCACGUGAGCUGAGCUCGAUGAUCUCUGUCUCGUAUUUACAGUGAUAUCCAAUAAUCGGGGACGUGAAUGUUGCGUUGACAUUUGUUAAAGUUAUAAAAAAAAAAAUAGUUGGAUGUUGAAUAGCGCGACAUGGCGUCCUCGCAAUUGGAAUGGAGGAAAUAUGAUGAAAAAUGAGAAAGAGGGGAAUAAAAUGGUAAAUUGGAGGCACCGAUCAACGUGCGAGUGAUGCAUGCCUUAUAUAUCUACAAUAUAAUAAAUAAUUAUAAUAAAAAAGAAAAAAAUACAUGCGAUAAAGUGCGUCGAACGUUCUGCCUGCCAGGAAGAUUGGUCUGACGCUUGAGGCAUAUGAGGGAGAGCGAGGAAAUGAAUAAAAGAGAGUCAAAAAGCUGAAAGAAAGUAAGUGUAACAGUAACAGAUUGAGUGUACCGAUGCAAUGCGAAUAAGCAUUAAGUUUAAAAAUAUGUCAUACCAUUUUUGUAUGAACGAUUGAGAAGUAAAAAAAUGUAUUUUUUUAAUUUGAACGCUGUUUUGCAAGGUUGUUCAAACUUUCGCGGAAUUAAAAGCCAGCAAGAUGAUGAGAUGAAAAAAAAUCAUAGCUUCUUUUAAACCCUAGUUUCACUGUGGGAUUUUCACCCCCUCUUGACCAUACCAUUUUUCCCGUGACACAGGCCCGUGUCAUUCUUUAUCUAUAGCCAUUUUAUUUCACGAUUUCAUUACGAGAGCGGCCUUCUCGUGUUUCGACGGACCACUAUUCUCGAAUUGUGCCCUUCCGCCCAACAUUAGUGAAACCUCAUCCUCAGAAUUAAAAGCGAGAGAGAGAGAAAACAUAAUUCCUCGUUCACGUUUUAUCAUUCCAUUUUCUUAUUUUUGUAACCAUCUCUGUGUAUAUCUCAAUGUUGCAUGUACGUGUAAACUUCUAAAUGCUUGUCUGUCUAUGUCGCUCUGCUGGCUCGUGUCCUCUCUUGAUCGCCUAUAUACACACGCCGACACGGUAUAUCUCAGCCCCUCAUGCACAGACUUUUAUCUUUCUCAAUUUGUUUUUGUUUUACUCUUGAUACUCACUGAGUCAUUUCCCCCGUGUACUGUGUCGCAAAUAUGUGAACGAACAAUGAAAUGGCUAAAGUGGUAUAUAUACACAACAUCUUUACACACAUCGAUAUAUUUUUUCAUCGUCCUCCUCUCCCCUCUCCACAACGACACAAAACAUAUAUUUUUUUAUGAUGGACAUUGAUGCAGCGUUAUAAAAAGAAUGUUCUCGGUAAGGUGAUGUUAACCAGGUGAAAUGACUCACUAUUGAGUGAAUGUGUGGGGGGCACGAGGUACCGGACACAAAUGUCCUCUUUAUCUUUAUCCUCUUUUCCUCGGAUAAAAUUUUACUAUUUCAUCUCAUGAAUUUUUCUACGGUAGAACGUGUCAAUUUUCACUUGAUACUUAUUCCCAUCUCCUCUCUCCUCAGCUUUCUGCCGUUGAAAUUCCCUUUUCCCUUCCAUCACAAACUCAAACGAAAAUCUCUUCUCUUGUCCCACCUAACAAUGAUAUGUAAGAGAAUAAAUACCCCCUUCUGGUGAAUCCCGCCAAUCAAAUCCAAUGCGAUAUUACUCAAAGUCAAUUACUCAAUUAAACCAAAAGAAAUACUCAAGCAAAACAAAUAUUAUGAAGAAUUAUAACCCAAAGAUGUAUAUUUAAUUAGACGAGCGAUCUCAAUUAUUUUCCUUUUCUCAGUGAUAAUGGAGAUUAAUCAAUCUACUGUAAUUUACUCAUUAUAUCACGGAGAGGGUCCUGCCAUAUAUCUUUACUCCUCCUCCAGGAAGACCCUCGCAAUUAAUAACAGAGAAACAAAUACGCAAAUAUAUGCCGAACGAAUAUUAUUCUUCGAUAUGCAAAUAAACAUAUAUAUUCUUAGCAAAUCUUUUCCUCUCUUGUUCGCACCUUCGAUGUUUCUACGUGCAUGUGUGUAUAUCUAUUCCACUCAUAUGAUUGAAUUCCAAGGAGAAUUUAUUCCAAUUAUUAUUGGAAUUUUAUCAAUUGAGAGGUCUAUAGCUAAAGCGGUAGCAAAUAAUAUCCUCCACGUCUACGCAGUGUACAAUGUGCUGCAUACAUUCGUACUCAAAGUAAUUAAAAACUACGAAAAAAAAAAAGCAAAUUAAGAAACAAAAACAGGAAAUACAGUUUGUGUCUACUUAAUCUUCGUCUUGCAUAGAACAAUACCACGAGCGAUGGAGAUUGCGAUGUUGCUAUUACGCUAAUUGUUAUAAUGCUGGGUAAUGCCGUAUGUCGUUGUUGUUUCUCGAUAUUCAAAAGAUGAUGAUGAUGAUGAUGCGUUGAUUGAGACGAAGAGCAGAAUAACAGCAUAAAUACUGGAAGUGUUGAUGUUUAAUAAAUAUUAAAAUAUGAUAUGGGCAAUGUUUGCACCUUUGAGUACACGGAGAAAAAAAAAUAUCAAUGGCGUAUAAUGAAAAAAAAAAACACUCGUUCGUUCAAUGAUUUUUCGAGUCUAGAUUUUUUUUUCUCCCUGUGUACAAUAUACUUUUAUAUCGCGCACGCUUUUAUCGGUCUCCCAGAAACUACCGAGAGGAAUUCAUAUGGAUGCCACGAUUCGAGAAUCGAUAGCCCGUUCAAACGAUCGCCGCGGCCUAAUUCGACUGGAAUUCAUUUAUUUUUCAACGAGUGGACAUAAAGAAAUCAAUUUCACCUAAUCCAUUGAUGUUCUCUUCAGAAUUGGCUGUAUCUAGCCCGUUGAUCUCACAAUUGCCGAUUGUCAAAUUAAUUUUUGUGAGAGCAACGAGGAUCACUCUCUCCAAUCUUUAUUAUGCAACCUCUGUAAUAUCCACCAAUUAACAGUCCCUCUUACUUGCAUAAAAAUAGAUAAAUAAUGUUAAAUACCAAAAAAAAAACGCCACCCUAUGGCCUAGUCAGGCAAUGUGGCACGUGAUAUCAGAAGAAAUUAAAUAAACUAAAUAUAAAAUUAACUUACGCGUUAUUCGAUUCGUGUUUCGUAGGUUCGCCGGUGAUAAACUGAAGAAAUGAAAACCUCUGGAAUGAUUUGUUCAUGAAAAUAAGACUUUUCAACUCAAAGAAAGGCAUCUUGGUUGAAAGUUUUGGCCCUUUGGAGUUUAGAACGAGCCGCGAUGAAUCCACGCCGGAUUGAGGCAGUAAAGAAAAUAAAAUAAAAUAAUUUGACAGAUGGCAGAGACUUCUAGAAUGAGAGAUACCGAAAAUCAAUAAUUUAAUGUUUCAAAAUCGCCGAAAGAACUGAGAAAUUUUCUAUGUACAUAAUUCUUAAUAAAUGAAUCUUUCAAAAUUAACCGAAUGAAGAAUUACUGAGUGAAGCGUAUAAUGAUUGUGAACCACUUUUGUUAGACGAAAAUAAAGUUAAUAAAUAAAUAAAAAUAACCAUGAAAAUGAUGAUAUAAAAAUAUCAUGCAAGCUUUUAUCAUUAAUUCUAGAAUUUUUUUCGGAUGAAAUUGUCGGAAAAAAUUCUGGCUUUGACUGGAUAAAAUGGCUUCGCCAUAAAAACCAAUGGCAUUCAAAUAAUACCACAAUAAAAACCAUGUAUGACUAUUCAGAGACAACGACACAACGCAUUAUGAAGUAAUGAAUAAUAAUCUUAAACCUUAUUGAGCAUUAUCGAGUAUGAUUACGAGAUGAAAAACAAAAAACAAGUUAUUAUUGCGUUGAUGAAUGAUUAUUAAGCGUAUUGCAUAGUGAGUUAGAUAAUAAGGUGAGAAUAAUGGAUUAAAAAGCAAAAAACAAAAUAACAAUUAAACGGAGAAAAUUAGGCUUUAGCUUUGUACGUGAGAGUCUGAUGUAGUGGAGCGAUGCAAGAGUGAUAGUCACAUGAAGAUUUGAUGAGAAUUCGUAAUAACGAGAGUUUCGAAGAGAUGAAUGAAAAAUUCGCGUACGCCAUCUCAGCCUCGAGCGAACCCGUGCGAUUUUUACCAUUAUCGUAGCACCAGGAGAAGCUUCUCUCAAACUUUUCACCAAUUCACGAGAUCCAUUAAUAAAUCAACAACAGACUAAUGAAGAUAAAUGCAUCAAAUGGACUUUCGAUACUUAUUCGCUAGUCAGAAAAUUUAUAAAAUGUUCAAUCACCUCUUCCCACCAUCUCUCGACUACUGAAAAAUUCAUAAGAAUAUACGUUGUAUCAUUCCAUCUCCAAACGACCUCCUUCAAUACUUGCUGGAUCUCAACAUCACGGGGCAGAGAUUACCUUCGUAAAAACUCGGCAAUAGGAUACGAUACGGAAGAGAAUUUUAAAAAAAUAUGAACAAUCUUAUAAAAGUUGAGUACUCUCUCGUCGGCUCAAAAAAAUCGCACGCUACUUGCUCAGAGGUCACCGAGAUUAACAUUAAAAAUAAUAAUUCAAGAACCGUGAUAGGAAGACGCAUCUAAGUGGAUACAAAAAUUGAUAAAAAAAUUGAUGAAUAAAUAAAUAAAUCGAUGGAAAAAUUUGGGAGGAAAAAAUCCUUGUAUAAAGUAUAGUGCUUAGCGGCUAAAGAACAGGAACAAAAGCGAGUUUGUUGUUGAAUAUAAUAUUAUGUAAACCUUAAAACAAGAAGUGACGAUGAUGAUAAUAUUAUAUUGUUGUUAGAUAUAUAUAUAUAUAAAUAUACAUAUAUUAUAUAUAUAUAUUGAUAUAAAAAUGAAGUAACUUUAAUUGUAAUAAGUAAAAAUACACUCUCCAACACAAUUCCACAGCCGUAAGAAGUACCACAGAAUCCCUCACGGUGAACACGGUUUUUUCGUAGAUGGUGAUAUCACCGGCUCUUAGAAGGGUUUAUUGUCCCCAUUCGGACACGCCCCUCAAUUGUUACUCAGUCAAGACAAUGAUCUCCAGUACGAAUCAGUACAAAGAGAAAAUAAAAACAUUGAAAUUAUGAAAUUCCUUCAACAAUGCAUGUGGAAGUGAGACUAUUGACUUGGGGGUUGCGUCAAAUCGUUAUAGUUCUUAUCACUAAUUCAUAGAAUUCCGAAGAAAAAAAUGGAAAAGCAUAAAUAAAGCCGAGGUUAACGAAGUACGCAUUUAUGUUAUUUAGUUCUAAAUCAUUGAAGGUCAGAAAGAAAAACUUAAUAAAAAUCAAUGAUGUUACCAA